GGGUAGCUGAAAUCACACAAGUACUGAAGCAAAGAUUCCUCUCCAUUGUUCACUCAAAAGUUUCAUUCAGUAUCAAUCCCGGGGGCCUCAAAACAUGUUACCUUAUUGUUGUGAGGUCAUUUUUCUCCUGCUACUCUGUACAAAUAUAGCUGAGGCCGGUAGAAGAUUUAAUGAUGAAGAAGCAGCUGCUUCUCGGGGGACAAACUGGGCAAUUCUAGUUGCGGGAUCUUCGGGUUAUGUUAAUUACCGCCACCAGGCUGAUGUAUGCCAUGCAUACCAAAUUCUGAAAAAGGGAGGGAUGAAGGACGAGAACAUCAUCGUCUUCAUGUACGAUGAUAUAGCUCACAACGAAGAGAAUCCGACGCCAGGCAUCAUUAUCAACAAACCCAACGGCCCUGAUGUCUACGCUGGAGUUCCCAAGGAUUACACGAAAAGUCACACCACUGCGCACAACUUCUAUGCCGUACUACUUGGCAACAAAAGUGCUCUCACUGGAGGAAGUGGGAAGGUGGUCAAGAGUGGCCCUAAUGAUCACAUCUUCAUAUACUACGCUGAUCACGGAAGUCCUGGGUUGAUAGGGAUGCCCGUCGGAGACUAUGUCUAUGCGAAGGAUUUCAUGGCAGUUUUAAAGAAGAAGCAUCAGUCCGGAUCCUACAAGAACAUGGUGAUAUACGUAGAAGCAUGCGAAGCUGGGAGCUUGUUCAAGGGCCUCCUCCCAAACAACUUCAACAUAUACGUGACCACUGCCUCAAACCAGGAGGAGAACAGCUACGGAACAUAUUGCCCCGGUGACGAUCCUCGGGCAUCGAGCUCUAGUGAAAAUGCUCGGGCUUCAAGCCCUGAUGACUAUGGCACAUGCUUGGGCGACCUGUAUAGCAUAGCUUGGAUGGAGGACAGUGAUGGGCAUGACAUGCAUCAAGAGACAUUGCAGGCGCAAUACCAAGUGGUUAAAAAGAGGACGACCCUAUCCCAUGUCAUGCAAUACGGUUAUCUCGGCAUCGAGGAGGAAUUCCUGUCCAACUACAUGGGUUCUAGUACGAACAAAGGUCAUGGUCCUGUCAAGCCAUCACCUCCUCUCACGUCAAGUCCGAUAUCAGUGAGCCAACGAGAUGCCUCUCGGCUUUACCUCCAACACAAGAUCAAAAGAGCAGCCGAAGGUUCUCCUGAGAAGUUGCAAGCCCAGAAGAGACUGCAAGAUGAAAUGUCUAACAGAGAACGAGUGGACCGUACCAUCAAGUCUAUUGAAGAGGCCUUGUCUAGCCAAAACAGCGCGAUUGGAUUGAAUGCCGCUGCUCGACCUGCAGGAAAGCCUCUAGUAGAUGAUUGGGAUUGCUUCAAGAAGCUUGUGAGAAAGUACGAGCAGAGCUGCGGAAAGCUUUCCUCCUAUGGAAAAAAGUACACGGGAGCAUUUGCAAACAUGUGCAAUGCUGGAAUCGAUGAAGACCAAAUGGCUUCGAUCUCCAAUCAAGUUUGCACUUAGUCGUUAGCUAAAGUUCAGUUAUAUAUAGACUGAGCUUAUAUAUGUACCAAAAUAAAAUCAAAGGGUCAUAAUGAAAAUGCAAACAACCAAUCGUGCGAGUUGUCCUAGGCCCAGAAUAACUACACGUACAAUAAAUGUAACAUAUCUAUAUAUCCUGAGCCAAGUGUGAUAUGUCCUCUGUUGCAAGAAUUGACAUAUCUAUGUUAUAUGUAUCUAUUUUUAUACGACUAUAUAACUGUCCCCUGAUAUUAUUAUUAUUAUUA